AUGGACACCGAGCCGGCCACAACCAUCACCAAAACCACACCUCCCCCUCCCCUGCCCGACGAGGAAGCCCACCUGAGCGCGCGGACCUCGGCCUCCAAGUUCUGGAUCGAGUUUUCCCUCUUCGACGACGGCCUCGACGCCCCGCGCGCCGCGUCUCUUGUGCCCGCCACCCUCUUGCACUUCCACCGCUUCCCGGACCUGCCCCCGGAGAUCCGCCUUAAGAUCUGGUCCUACCUCAUCGCGCCCCGCGUCGUGACGGCCUGCUGCUUCGAGCGCGACGCCCGGCUGCCCGCCCGGCGCGAGGCCUUUGCCCGCCGCUCCCCCUCGUCGCCGUCGCCGUCGCCGUGUCCGGAGCCCAUGGUCUUCAACCCGACGUGCCCCGUGAUCCUCCUCGUGUGCCGCGAGUCCCGCGCCCUGGGCCUCGAACACUACGAGCUCUCGUUCGGGUGGAAGAUCUCGGCCCUCCUCUCCGACACGCCCAUCGCCCGCCCGCCGCGCGCGUGGUUCAACUUCCGCCUCGACGCGCUCUACCUCGUCGGCGAGCUCGAGGCCUACGACCAGUACGGCUUCAACAGCCCCAUGGUCUACUUUCUGCGGCGGCAGGACACCAGGCGCGUGCGGCACGUCGCCUGCGCGUUCGAGGAGCUGCACUACCCCGAGCAGGAGUCGGACCAGAUCUUUGGGUGCCUGUGGCACGUCGUCGACCGCUUCUCGGCCGCGCGCCGGCUCAUGGUCGCCGUCACGCCGCGCGACGAGGAGGGCAUGAAGGGGUGUCUGAUGCUGAGCACGGACAACAUCAUGCAGAAGAUCUGGAACGGCUGGAUCCUGGGCACGACGUUGACGAGCUCGAGCCUGGCCGACACGCAGAUCCUGCUGGUCAAGGAGGGGGACCUGGCCGACGUCAUGGCGUCCCACGCCGAGGAGGACGAGGGCAGGAGGAAGACGAGGCAGAUUGCGGCAUGA